CGAUCGCACACGACCGGCUGUGCAGUUCACAGAGGGGUGUUUCCCAAGUAUAAAGAUUCAUAAGUAUGUCGAAUGUUUCUGUGCGGAUCCUGGUCGGAGGACUGGCCAUCCUGUUGGCGGUCGGCUACAAGAACUAUCGAGACCUCUCGGCGCCAGGAAAGAGGCCCGAUCUGGACAACAAUGCUUACUGGGGUCCAGCGCUAAAGGAACCCUACAGAGAGAACAAGGCCAUCCUACCAUUUGACAUCAGCGUCAAGCCCGAGAUAAUUGAGGACCUGAAGAGCCAACUUAGUCGUCCUCUGAAGGCCCAAGCACCCCUGGAGGGCGUCGGAUUUCAGUACGGAUUCAAUGCCAACGAACUGGCCAAGGUGGUGAAGUACUGGCGCGAUUCCUAUCUGGCCAAGUGGAGCGAGCGCGAGCAGUUCCUCAAGAAGCUGGACCACUACCAGACGGAGAUCCAGGGCUUGAAAAUUCACUUUAUUCAUGCCAAGCCCAGCCAGGUGAAGGGCCAGAAGCCCAAGAAGGUUCUGCCGCUGCUCCUGAUGCACGGAUGGCCAGGAACCGUUCGCGAGUUCUACGACUUCAUCCCGCUCCUGACCACGCCCAGUGACAAGAGCGACUACGUCUUCGAGGUGAUUGCGCCCAGUCUGCCGGGCUACGGAUGGUCUCAGGGCUCUUCUAAAACUGGCUUCGGGGUGGCCCAGGUGGCCGUGGUGAUGCGCAACCUCAUGCUCCGAGUGGGAUUCGAGAAGUUCCUGGUGCAGGGCGGCGACUGGGGCUCGUUAAUUGGGUCCAAUGUGGCCUCGCUUUUCCCGGAGAACGUACUGGGCUACCACUCGAACAUGUGCGGAAACAGCAGUCCGCUGGGUCAAGUCAAGACCCUGCUGGUCGCGCUCUUCCCCAGCUGGUUUGUGGACAGCCAGCAUGCCGAUUUCUACAAGGGAUUGGGCCACCUGUUCGGCACCAUAUUUGAGGAAAUGGGAUACGCACACAUUCAGGCCUCCAAACCGGACACCAUUGGCAAUGCCCUGAUCGACAACCCAGCUGGACUGGCUGGCUAUAUUCUGGAGAAGUUCUCCACGUGGACGAAUCCCGCAUUUAGAGAGCUUCCCGAUGGCGGUCUGACCAAGAGGUUCACCUACGAUCAGCUCCUGGACAAUGUGAUGAUCUACUACGUGACCAAUUCCAUUACCACCUCCGUGCGUCUGUACUCGGAAUCCAUGGUUGCCUCGCAGUUCGCCUUGGCAGUGGAUUCCCUGCCCAUCAAGGCCAAGGCUGGAUGCACCCGUUUCGCCCACGAAAUUAUCCACGCUCCCGACUCUGUGCUGGCCAACAAGUUCCCCAAUCUGGUGCACAGUACCUACCACAGGGAUGGCGGCCACUUCCCCGCCUUUGAGCUGCCCCAGCAGUUGUACGAUGACUUUGUUAGCUUUGUCCAGAAGGCUGAGUUUUAAUUAGUUUUAGGAUCACUUUGUAUAUUUUUGUAAAUGGAACAGCAGAGUCUGAUGCGAAAAUUAUAACAAAUCGGCUUGGUGAUUGCAUUUGCCUUAUCUGCUUUGAAAACCGAAA